AUGGCCAAGACAGGGUUUGAGGCUACGCCGUCAAAUCCUAGUCUUAGUUAUAAUAGUAAUAGCAGUUAUAAUGAUUUAUCUGAUAACAAUAACUAUAAAGAUAUUCAAGUAAACCAUUGGCGUAAACAAUCUCUACAAUACAGACUAGUUAUUAAAUUAUCUAACCUUAAAUCUAAUUAUAAUAUGUUGGUUGAGGUUGCUAAAGUAGUAGGUGGAACUGUAAUAAUUACCGGUAAACAGGCGGAUGUUAUUUGA